AUGGUACGUGGGAGGGAUAUCAUACGAGUAAACACGUCGGAGUGCGCUGCCAAUGAGGGAUGCUACGACGCACCCCAGGGCGAAAAGGUGAAGGACAAGCGCACAAACAUGGCGAGGGGGAAGCUGGGGAAGGGAUACGAAUGCGGCAAAGACCUCGCAGAGCGGUGCUUGGCGAGGGGCAGGGGCUCGAGCUUAGGAUUUGCCUCUGAAUGGUCCACUUUAAGUGACUUCAUCAAAUUAAAUUGCGGGUGCGAUCCUAUCCCUGCGCAAUCAUUGAAUGGUCUUGUGACACAACAUGGCAUUCACGAUGUUUUGAAGGAAGAUGAGAAUGGUGAGCGAACCCAGCCAAAUGUCUCGCUAAGCUGUUGCAUCAGCCAGCCCAUCGGCUCUCCGCAGCCUGCAAUCGUGUGUUCAAGACGCCGACUUCGUUUUAUUCAGUGUAGUCUCUUUAAGCAUAUGUGCAUCACAAAUAAUCCCCCCCGGGGCAUGGGCAACUCCACGCGCACUGGCAAAGGCGCAGAUGGUCUUGUGGAGCACGAAACUUUUCUGAAAAGGGGACCCUAUGUAGGAAAGUAUCGCGAGACCAUCCGAUCUAAUUUCUUCAUCACCACACUCCAACGGGGUGGAACUUCAGAUACGAGCCUUGCCCUUCAUCGCUUAGACUUUGACUCUAUAUCCAAAGCAAAGCGUUUCCACAGUGCAUAUCGCAGGCCAAUAUUCCAACAUCUCAAAAUGGUUUGCAUAUCCUCGAAAUCAUUCGACUUAAUCACAUUCCGUCCCUCACCUCAACCUGCCUUCAAAGAAGGCAUGGGCCAUCCUGCAUUCGAAUACGACGUAGCAGAGCAAUACAAACGGCAGAAGCGAAGAAGAACAAGAAGAAGUUGGGCGAUUUCGGGAGCAGCAGCAGCGAGUAGUAGUAGUGGUGGUGGAGGUAGUGUUUUGAUGGGUGAAGGAGGGGAUUGGCUGAGAAAUAUGGACUCCGGUUUAGCGGUCCCUUUCCGGUUUAGCGCUGGCGUUCUGAUCGCUCCGUCAUUUUAUCCGGCCUCGUUUCUAUUGUCAUCUUCGAAAAAGCCGCCUCUUGCCUUUGUGGUCCUCAUUCCUUCUCCCUUCUCCUCCAAUUUUCCUUUCCACACCUUGCUUUCUCACCACUUCUCCUCCUUUCCUUCCUAA